GCUGCGUUCAGAGUCAGUGGGUACAAGAGCUCCGUGACAGGUCGCCGCCCCGUCACAACAGUCCCGUCUUGUCUCUCGAGCCGUGGUGACCGCUGACCCGAAGAAGAUGGACCGCUGGAGAGGCAGAGUGGCUCUGGUGACCGGCGCCUCGGUUGGGAUCGGCGCGGCUAUCGCCAGAGAGUUGGUCCGGAGCGGGAUGAAGGUGAUGGGCUGCGCCAGGGACGUGGAGAAAAUAAAGAAACUGUCAGCGGAGUUUCAGAGCGAGGGCUACAGCGGCGUGCUCGUGCCAUUCAAGUGCGACUUGACCAGCGAGGAGGAGAUUCUCGCCAUGUUCUCUGCCAUCAAAGCGCAGCACAAAGGCGUGGACGUGUGCAUCAACAACGCCGGCCUGGCUCACCCAGACUGUCUGCUGAGCGGCACCACCAGCAGCUGGAAGAACAUGCUGGAUGUGAACGUUCUUGCGCUGAGCAUCUGCACACGUGAAGCCUACAAGUCCAUGAAAGAGAGAAACGUGGAUGAUGGACACAUCAUACACAUCAACAGCAUAUGUGGACAUCGCGUCAUAAACAAUCCUGACAUCCAUUUCUACACGGCCACCAAGUACGCGGUGACGGCCCUGACCGAAGCCCUGAGGCAGGAGCUGCGGGAAACAAACUCUCACAUCCGAGCCACCUGCAUUUCUCCUGGGUUAGUGGAGACGGAGUUUGGUCCGCGGCUUUACAGUCAGCAUUCCGACAAAGCAGCGACUUUAUACACCCAGUAUAAGACUCUGGAAGCUGUAGACGUGGCUAACGCCGUGACAUACGUGCUGAGUGCCCCUCCUCAUGUCCAGGUUGGAGACAUCGUGAUGAGAUCUGUGGAGCAGCCGAGUUAGACACGACCUCAGAGAGAAUCCGUCUGCUCGCCACAAAUGAAUUCUUCAAGAAAUGAAACACUAAUACAGAAAGAAUAAAAUGAUUAAAUCAUAA